CUGUUUCCACUGUGUCCUUAAGUAUGUUUAAAAUUUACCCCCUAAUUCCAUAAGGUUUCGUCCUUCACGUGUGGGGUGUGGUGUCGUUGCGCCUGCAUCGGAGGCCCCUGCCCGUGGAGAAAAUGGUUCACUCUGGUCCCCAUCCUUUUUCCUGGCUUGCUAUUGUGCGCCCGUGAUCGACAAGACCACGAGGCUGAGCGCGCCCCGGAGAUUUUUCUAUAAAUGGCUUAAAGCCCUAGUCUAGACUAUUUUCUCGGAUAAAAGGGAGACAAUUACCUUCUUGUUCUUUGCUGGUGAACCCUAGCUCUGUAGGGCGAACCUAGAAUUUAACCAGUCUGCCCGAAGCCAGCGGUGGAGGACAAAAACAGCCGCGACCUCCGGCAGGGCGAAAAGAGAAGGGCAGCGCUCGCAGGACCCUCUCCUUUGGGGCUUGUGCCUGGGUGUUUGAUCCUCUUUCUCCUGUUUGCUUGGGGACCGGACCGGAGCGGAGCAAAGGGUGUGAUGGACUGCAAUAAUGGAUGCUCCGCAGAAUGUACGGGAGAAGGAGGAUCAAAAGAGGUGGUGGAGACAUUUAAGGCUAAAGAUCUAAUAAUCACACCAGCCACCAUUUUAAAGGAAAAACCAGACCCCGCUACUCUGGUUUUUGGAACGGUUUUUACGGAUCACAUGUUAACAGUGGAGUGGUCCUCGGAAUUUGGAUGGGAGAAGCCACACAUCAAGCCUCUUCAAAACCUGUCAUUGCACCCAGGUUCCUCGGCUUUCCACUACGCAGUGGAAUUAUUUGAAGGAUUGAAGGCAUUUCGGGGAGUAGAUAAUAAAAUUCGUCUGUUUCGGCCAAACCUCAACAUGGAUAGGAUGUACCGGUCUGCGAUGAGGGCGACUUUGCCGGCAUUUGACAAGGAGGAGCUUUUAGAGUGUAUUCAGCAGCUGGUGAAAUUGGAUCAAGAAUGGGUCCCCUACUCAACAUCUGCGAGUCUGUACAUUCGUCCUACAUUCAUUGGAACUGAGCCUUCUUUGGGAGUCAAGAAGCCUACUAAAGCUCUGCUCUUUGUAAUCUUGAGCCCAGUGGGACCUUAUUUUUCAAGUGGAAGCUUUAAUCCAGUGUCCCUGUGGGCCAAUCCGAAGUAUGUAAGAGCCUGGAAAGGUGGGACCGGGGACUGCAAGAUGGGAGGGAAUUAUGCCUCAUCUCUUUUUGCCCAAUGUGAAGCGAUGGAUAACGCGUGUCAGCAGGUCCUGUGGCUGUAUGGAGAGGAUAAUCAGAUAACUGAAGUUGGAACUAUGAAUCUUUUUCUUUACUGGAUAAAUGAAGAUGGAGAAGAAGAACUGGCAACUCCUCCGCUAGAUGGCAUCAUCCUUCCAGGAGUGACGAGGCAGAGCAUCCUGAACUUGGCACAUGAGUGGGGUGAAUUUAAGGUGUCAGAGAGGUACCUCACCAUGGACCACCUGACCACAGCCGUGGAGGAGAACCGCGUGAGGGAGAUGUUUGGUUCGGGUACCGCCUGUGUUGUUUGCCCAAUUUCGAAAAUACUGUACAAGGGUGAGACCAUACACAUUCCAACUAUGGAGAAUGGUCCUAAGCUUGCAAGCCGCAUCUUGGACAAAUUGACUGAUAUUCAGUAUGGAAGAGAAGAGAGCGACUGGACAAUCACAGUAUCCUGAAUGGAAAAGAACAGGGUAUCAUUUGUGUGCUCUUGGGACAGACUGUUGCAUUUGAAUUAUGAGAAAUGUCUGGCUACCUGUUUUUAGUUGUGCAUGAUGUAGUUUGUAUUACCAGUGUUUCCAGGGUGACUGUUUCCUCAUGCCGGAGAAGGUGAAUUGCAAUCAUCCAAUGGUAGUUUAUAAACUUGCUUCUAGAAGCUCACCUUACCUUCUCUAGAAAGAUGACCAUGGAAGCCAUAUAAGCGUAGAAUUUUCCUCCAUAACCUUAGUGCCUCCCUUAGUCCUUCACUCAGAUAAAAAAAUGUUUAUUCUUUAGCAUAAGUUAUAUUCUGCUCUUCAACCAAAUGAGUGUUUUUGUAUUUGAAAGGUGAUCUGAGUAAAUGUCAUAAGUACCAUUUCCUGCAACACAUCUUCAUCCUCAGAAAGUGUUGUUUUUUUUUAAAGCAAGACUUUGAGAAACUGGAUUUCCUCCCCUCAUAUUGCUUUCCAGGUCCCCUAAGUGUGUCUUAGGGAAACUCUUUCCCUGCUUCCUGAUGUCACGGUCUGUGCACUGCUCGCCUGCUGCUGCAGUGAGGCCCCUCCCUGCGCUCUCCACAUUGUGUUGUAAUCGGCAGUCAGGCUUCACUACAAGACUGAGGGUCUUGUGCCUUAUAGAUCUUUGUGCCCCCUGCCUGGCCCAUAGCAAGGAAUGAAUGAACAUUUACCUUCUAUAGAAGUGUACCUUCUUUGUUUCUAUAUUAUGAAACCUCUUUAUUAGAAUUUGCAAUUGAUUCUGACUUUGUCUAUAUGUACCUCGUGUCUUUAUUUUCCACGGACUGCUAAGUUAUUAGUGAUGCUCAGAGUCAUAGUUCGUUGGAGGAAUGAUUUCUUAUUUGAAGACUGUCUUGGAAUUAAAGUAAUAGCUCUAGAGAGAUCAUGAUAUCAUACCAACCAAAUGGAAAUGACCUAUGUGUUAAAGACAAAUGUUAAGUGUUAAAUACAAAAUAAAUCAUAUUUAGUUUUUUGGUAGAAAGCAAA